UUAGUUGCAGAUUAAUCGAAGAUUAGUUUCAUAGAUUUGAAUCACAUCUAUGUUCGUGCUCAAUCAGGAGAAAAGGGGCAAGAAAAUUUCAAGUUUUUCUCUUGUGAUGUCAUAUCCGUGCCAUUUACCUCGCCUCACCCUCAAUACUCGAGGAAGGGGGCGAUGAGCAGCGCGGGAAGGUGGGGUUGUGCGGAACGGGGAAUCUGUGUCGCGCCGGGUCGACCACACCACACCACCAUCGCCGGAAUCCCGUCAGUGUCCAUCCAGCCUCGCUGCUGCUCGGCGGCGUCGUCGUCCGCGUCUCAGGUCGCGAUUCCGCCGCGGCGGAAUCACGCGUGUUGGAAAUCCACGCGCGCCGCCCCGUACACUGCCCACGACGACCCCACGGGUCGAUAGCACGGAAAACUCGAACUUCGGCAUUUCUGAUAGUACCGCGCGCGGGAAUUUCAUCGACCAACGAUUCUAAGGACCAACCGAUCCUCUGUGAUAUUUUGUCGAAUAAUUUCACGAAAAAAUUCAACAUCAAAGGGCGCGAUUCACGUUUCUUAACGGAUACUUCGCGAUAGGCGAACAACGGUAUCUCAGACACCAAAAGCUGGGACCAAAAUAAGCGACAGCGUUCGCGCGAAGCCAAUCGAGAGAUGUUCAAUCUCUAUCAGAGUCUAAACAAGAAGGACGACGGCGAUGGGCAGCGGAAUCGCGAGUCGGAGGUGACAGGCCACGACCGAUUCUGUCAGCACCGCACCGGUCACUCGAGCACUCGUCGCCGUCGUCGCGCUGUCAAUCGCAGAACACAAAGCGCGACCGAGUUGAACGCCAGGGCGAUGAGUUCGGCUCGGGGUUCGCUGCGACGGGGUCGAAGCGUGAGCACGGAGGACGAGAACGAGAGCGAGGAUGACAAGGGUCAUCAGCUGGCGAACAAGUUGGACAAUCUGGCGCGGUUGCUCUUCAGCCGCGUGUCGGCGGCACGAGGAUACAAGGAUCAAGGCGAUGUCAAGAACGGACGUUACACGGCGCUGAACCAUGGGUCGAAAUCUAUCAGCGAGGACGGGGUCGAGUACAUGGAAAUGGAGAAAAAAUCUCGCGAUCGUGCUUUAUCAAUCUGCCGGGACUACAUCGAUAAGACGCCGCGUUUCGUUCUCAUCAAGCAACUCAAUAAUAUCGGAUCAAGGGUGGACAAAUAUUGGUUCAUGGUAAGAGACACGUCCCUGAAGACGGACAGAUUGCUGACUUUGAUGCCAUUGAAUCGGAACUGCCCGCUGUCCGUCUGUCCCUCCACUAAGGAGAUUUUGAACAAUCUGUUCCUGGCCUUACAACACCCUUACAUCUGUCCCGUUUUUCACGUCGAUUUUCUCGAGUACGAGGACCAAACGUACAUUGUCCUGGUGCAACCCAUCAACCAGGGUAGUCUCAAGGAUCUAAUAUAUGGCAUCGAACGAAACUGCUGGAACGAAGAAUGGAUUCACAAAUAUGCCGCGCGUGGCAAGGGACUCACAUUACCACAGGUGCAACGGAUGGGACGACAGAUUUUGGAAGCGUUGGUGUUCCUGAAGGAACGAGGUUUUCCCACGGUGACUCAUCUCCAUUCGGGCAAUGUGGUGAUUCAGAACGGCGUAGCAAGACUGGCCGGUCUGGAGAAUAGUCUUCUAGGCUUCACCAGUCGAAUACAUCCCGUCGUAACGUCCCGAUUAACGCAUUCCACCUCGAUCGACAUUAUAUGUUUCGGGCAUAUGCUAUUCGAAAUAUGUGCCGGUUAUGAAUUAUGUACCUUCAGACCAUCCCCCGUCCAGUUAUCAGACAUCGAGAUGCAUCCGCAGGUUCUAAGGUUUCUCGAAUUGAUAUUCACGGAAUCGGAGCAUCAUUUUACCAGCAUAGAGGAGUUAUUGAUCCACGAUCUUUUCAGGAACAUUGAUCUUCGUGAAAUGCGAUGCGCGGCUGUAACUGUGAGUGCCCCUAUUUCUUCUUUUUAUUUUGUUUUUAAAUUUGCCGAAAUGAACGCGACUAAUCAACUUCAGGUAUUUCGUCCGACCCUGACGCCCUCCAUAAUGAGCCUGCUCGAUGAUAUUAAACGGCAAGACGCUGGAAAAGGAAUUAUGAAUAUUGACAACAAGGAUGCUAUAUCACUGAACAGCUUUGAAUACGAUGACUCCUUACUCACGCAGAUAUACAACGAGCUUUCACAAACAGCUUUAUAAUGUGGGAACAAAGUCUACACAUAUAUAUGUAUAUGUAUAUUUUAUCUUGAAUAAGAAUGCACUUCCUAUUAUACAUACUUGCAAAGUGCCAAGAAAAUAAUUAUAUUAUAUAAUCGCUAAUUUUAUUAAAGUGCUUGUUUAAAGAGAUUUGUACAGUGAUGAUGUAAAAUUGAUUUGCGUGCUUUCUUUGUAUUCAACAUGUUUAUUCGAUCCAUAUAAAAAAAAAAUUGUAAACUGUUAAAAAUAAUUACUCUUCUAGUUAUUGCAAUAAUUCUAAGGAAAGAGCUAACAAUUCCCACCUAUUACAAUGUCUAAGUUUUCUUGUUUUUUUUUUUUUUCUUUUAUAUUUAUAAUUAUUUUAAAUUACUGUGAGAGGAUUAUAGUGGGAAAAAGU